AUGUUUAAGACACUUGUGAUUUUUCUCAUAUUAUGGACACAUAUGGUAAAUGUCGAGUCUACCUGUGAUACUGAACUUCAGAAUGGGCUCUUUCAAGAUCUUCUUAAUAUAAAGAUGAAGAUAAAAGGUCCUAGUUCUGCAGAACCGUCAACUUGUAACUGCAAGAAGAUUGUGAUUGCUUUCACAGCUUCAUUGUCCACUACAAAAGCCAUUGCCAUUGGCUCUCAUGCAGUUGUUAAGUAUGAUAAAGUUUGGACCAAUGAGGGGAAAGGAUAUGACCCAAAUUCUGGAAUUUUCACAGCACCAAGGAAAGGAUUCUAUCAAAUAUCUGCAAGAACUGUAGGAAUGUACCCUGGAGCGGGAUAUCAUACAGGUUCAGCUAACAUUGUACUAAAAUUAAUGAAAGGAGACCGUGUGUACAUAAAACAUCGUAGCGGCACAGAGGAAAUACACAGUGAUGGCGAUCACUGGAACAUGUUUUCUGGUUUCCUUAUUUCUGAAUAA